CAAAACAUUUUGAUAUUCCUUCAGGCUACAGUGUCUUAGUCACUCCCGCAAUAGCUCGCUCUGUUCCUCGCUCGCUUCGUUUCCUCCCUUCUUCAGGCAGCGCGGCUCUCCGUUUCUCUUCACCUCUGCAUCCCUCUGCGCCUGCCGCAUUCCCUUCUUCCCUGAAUCCUUCAAGGGGCAUCAGAUCCGUCGCUAGUUCCACGCCGUAGCGCGAUCUUUUAAGGGAUGUGAGGGUAGAUCGGGGAGUGUUAUAGAGAGAGUGAUGGAGGCGAUGCAGAAGCUAGCGGCGCCGAACGCUAGCGCGGGGAGUAACUACGGAUCAGGCCUUGCUAUUGUCACAGUCGCUGGGGCGGCGCCGGAGCAGUUUCCGGCUGGGCUUAGGGUACUCGUGGUCGACGACGAUGUUACGUGCCUGAAGAUCCUCGAGCACAUGCUCCGGAAGUGCCGGUACCACGUUAUUACUUGUUCUCAAGCCAUGAUAGCAUUAUCCCUUCUUCGAGAAAGGAAGGGCUGUUUCGAUGUGGUUAUCAGUGAUGUUCACAUGCCCGAUAUGGAUGGGUUUAAGUUACUUGAACUUGUUGGUCUUGAAAUGGAUCUUCCCGUUAUUAUGAUGUCAGCGGAUGGGAGAACUAGUGCUGUUAUGAGAGGAAUAAAACAUGGGGCAUGUGAUUAUUUAAUUAAGCCUGUAAGGAUGGAAGAGUUAAAGAAUGUUUGGCAGCAUGUCGUUCGAAAGAAGUGGAAUGAAAGUAAAGAUGUAGAAAAUUCAAGUAGUUUUGAGGAUUCCGACCGCCAAGGACGAGUGGCUGAUGAAAGUGAAUAUGCGUCUUCAAUGAAUGAAGGGACAGAUGCCUCAUGGAAAACUCAGAAAAAAAAAAGAGAUUCUAAAGAUGAGGAAGAUGAUAUUGAACUGGAUAAUGAAGAUCCUUCAGCAUCAAAGAAGCCACGAGUGGUGUGGUCAGUGGAACUUCAUCAACAGUUUGUUAACGCUGUCAACCAAGUUGGCAUAGACAAAGCUGUCCCAAAGAGAAUUCUAGAGUUAAUGAAUGUUCCUGGUUUAACAAGGGAAAAUGUAGCAAGCCACUUGCAGAAAUUCAGAUUGUACCUGAAAAGGAUUAGCGGUGUGACUCAACAUCAAGCUGCACUUCCCAGCUUGUUCUGCAACCAGGUAGAUGCAAAAACAAAAUGUGGUUCGUUGGGAAGUCUGGAUUUCCACUCACUUGCUGCCUCAGGUCAAAUACCUCAACAGACCCUUGCUGCUUUGCAUGCUGAGCUCUUGUGCCAUCCUUCAAACAACAUAGUAUUCCCUGCAGUGGACCAGCCAGUCCUAUUACAAGCUUCAAACCAAGGCUCCAAGUUUUUGCCAUUGGAAAAGGAAGUGGCAUUUGGUCAGCCACUAUUUAAAUGCCAAUCGGGAAUGCAGAAGCAGUUACCUCCAUCCGAAAUUACUGUUCAUGGCAUGUCUCCUGGAUUUUCAUCCUGGUCAUCUAAUCAGCUUGGUGUUACAGGUUCUAACAAUAAACAUGCAGGAUUGAGCAACAUUCAAAACAAUAGUUUGCUGAUGCAAAUGUUACAACACCAACAGCAGCAGGAGCAUCAUCAAGAAUCAUUUCACUAUAUGGUCUCAGAUUCAAAUAAUGCAAUCAAUGUACAACCUUCAUGUCUUGUAGUUUCAUCUCAGUCUCCAAGCGGUAUAACUGUUGGGUGCAACUCAGGGCCCAUAAAUCAGAAGUCGUUGGUUCUAUCCCCUCAACCAUCAAGCAAUAUUCAGUUAGGAAACAAUUCACUGUUGGCAUCCUCAAAUUCUACUUCAAAUAGCAGUAAUUCUCGCUUAAACAAUCCACCAUUGGGCAUGCCACCUGCGGCAAAUGGAGAUUUCAAGGAUAUUGGCAUGUUAAGUACAUAUUAUCCUACAUCUUCAUUAUCAUCUAGUUCAGUUUGCACAAGCAGUGCUGCUGGUUGGCGACCACAGAAUAACAUGAAAAUCAGUUCUAUUAACCAGAGGGCUGAUCAAUUACCAAAAUUGUACAUUCAGGGUUCUGAACAGAUCGCAGGUGCAUCAGUAAACCAAGGGCAAUUUAGAAAUCUCGGUUUUGUUGGUAAAGGUACAUGCAUACCCAGUAGGUUUGCUGUAGAUGAUCUUGAAUCACCUACUAAUGACAAGGGCUUUACAAAAACAAGCACAUUUGAUGAUGUCGAGAAAGUCAAGCAAGAGCUCAAUUUGGAUUUUCUUGAUGGUACUAAAAAAGUUGGAAACGCAAUGCUCCCAAAUUUCCCCUCAACUGAUUUCUUGGGGUCUCUGUCCAACGAUUCACAAUUCCUUAAAUACUAAGAAAGCACACUUACUAAAUCGAAGGCAAGGACAUCUAUCAAAAAGGACUUAUAAAUUCACCAACCUCACUUGAUCAAUGAUCCCAGAAGCUUGAAAAUCAUCAGAAUACUUCUGAGGGAAGGCACUCAUCAUUUCUUCUUGCUUCUCUUCUGCUGAAUACUAGAUAGAUUUGGAAAGUAAAAGUGUUUGUUGUGUUAUAUGAACGUGUCUAAGCUAUUGGAGAAGCCAAGAUUAUUGCGGCUUCAAGAAAAGUUUUGGCUGUUUCUUCUUCCCCUAUCUAUCAGCGAUGCUGUGUUCCCUCAUACGCACUUCACUGCUUAGCCCAGCACAAAGUAUCCAUUGUAAACAGGUGAAGUAUGUUGAUGCUGUUUUAAUCAUCAUGCACCAAUCCUUGAAAUUGAAUCUCAUGGAAAUUUUAGUUUGUAAAAGCAUAUAAUUAGAUUGUUCUGCUCUAUGAAUUUGUAUUAGAUGGAAAUUAUUAUUGAUAGUCAAAUGAAAAGGUUUCAUGUC